AUGAGAAACAACAGGCCACCUGACUCCCCGGAGGGACACCCCCCAACCCCCCCUGACCAAGCUCAAACACGCAAAUGCGCCAUCACGCCAGCCGCUCAACCCUCCUACCCACCUACCAGCCCGCCCCACUCCAACCACUCAUCCCCUCCCCCGCCCAUCCUUCCUCCAGCACUCUCCCGACCCCCGCCCUCCCCUCACCCACGUCCCGCCCCGCCCUCCCUUCCAAGCCCCUCGUGUCUCCUUCCGACACCCAACGUCGUCACCGCCUCGACCCGCGACCUCCCCUCCUCCCGCGUCCCGGCCCCGCUCCGCACCCUGUCCUACACCCACCUCCGCCCCUCCCCUCGUAAUCACACCCCCUCACCUACCCGCUCGACCUCAUCAUCCCCCCCCUCCGCCCACCUCCCUCCCACUCUCCCCUCCCUCGAUCCCUCCCCAGACCGCCAACCCCCGACCUCACUCCCCCUCUCGCCUCCUCACGCGCCCUUCCCCGCCAACCACUCCCCCUCGGUACUGUCCAUUCCCUCCCGCCCCCCGCCGCCCCGCCCCGCCUCCUCCCCCCUCCACAUCCCUUCUUUACUCUGCUCUCUUAUCUCCCCUCCUUCCCACCUGACCCACCCCUCUUCGUAUUCCUUCUUUCUUCCACUGUAA